AUGUUCCGUGCAGCAAAUCUAAAAACCAUUGGUAAAGUGGGAACCGGCUGGCACUUUCACCGGAUGAUGGCCGAGCUGGUCCGUGACCUGGUGUCAGCGCUGGAGGAAAGCUCUGAGCAGGCGGCACGUGGCGGCAUUGGGGAUGGAGAGGACCAUGCACUGGCCGUGGGUUGUCUACUUAAGAGGCAGGCUCGCAAGCGGCGUGGCAGAAAGCGACGCUCUGACAACUUCCACCCAUCCUUGGAGACGGGGCACCUCAGUGAGGCCUCAGAGUCCAGUGUGGAGGAACACAAGGACUACAGUGCCAGCACAGGGGGGGUCUCUGGUGCUAACAGACAUGCUCAUGACAACAGUGACUCUGACGAACAGCUAGGCUCUAAACACCGCACUCCCCUCACAGCUGACAUGGGCAGAGGCAAGCAGCCACUCUGGCAGGAUGAUCCUGGGGUGCUGGGAUCUGCAGAGGGCACUUGCAGCUUAAGGUGACGAUGCAAGGUCACCUUAGACUAGACAGAAAUGGCAUCAUAGGAAACCAAAUCUCAAGGAAGGAGAUAUGGUGUUGCUGAAGGACAAGCAGACCAGACUGAACGAAUGGCCAAUGGGAAGGUUAACAAAAGUUCUUCCAAGCAAUGAUGGAGUAGUUAAAAAAGUAGAA